CCAGUUUACCAAUAAACCGUCCCAGCCUGCUGUACAUGCACUGUACGCCAAUGUUAAAUAAGCAAUAAUGAGUGUACAAACCGUGUUCUUCCAUUCUAGGAUCAUUGAUAACAUGCCUGUGACAUGGUGUUAUCAAGUGAGUACCACUGAUGCACGUAAAAUUUACUGUUCAACUGGGUUCCCUAUUGGUUGUUAUGUCGAUAGUGCAGGAACUGCGAAAGAUGCUUGUGUUAUCCAGGUAAGCGGAAAAAUGGCAUUAGCAAACUAGCAAUAAUACUGUAAUGAUUGUGUGAGAUGAUGUGUUUAAGCAGAAUUGUAUGAAAUAAUAAGAGGCGAAAUAUAAGAGGUGGACCAUUAGAUAUACUGGGAAGGGAAAGGGGGGAUUUUCCUUGCCAUAAUUUUUAAGUUCGUAGCUUUGUGGAAUUUUUUUCCAAAUAUUUCUGUAUAUUCCCUGUACUAUAGUUGCAGGAAUUGUUCCUCCGAAUACUAUACAGUAUCUAAUAUGGUCACCCCCUAACAAUGUAAAUGCCUUGUAUUAACUUUUAUGAGUGAAAGUGUUAUGUUAUUGUACAGUACAUUCUCUUUUAUCCUGUAGUAGUAACUCUAUAGUACAAGCAACAAUAUUCCCUGAAAGACACUCACUUACAGUACAUGUACUUAUUUUCAAGGUUAUAGAUAUAUAAUGUUCAGCUGUUGACUAGACCUCUCUUAGACCUGCUUUCUGUUAUUUUGUAGCCAAAGUUAUACAAUGAGAAGGACACGUAUUAUAUAUUUAAUCAUGUUAGAAUCACUUUAAAAUAUCAUAAUGGUGCUGGUGAGGAUUGGGAUGGAGCACGUUUGGUCUCUGCCCAACUUUGGCCCAGCAGGUAAUUUUCCGUAACGCUUAGCCUUAGGCCUAGCAAAAAUUGCCUGGAAAAUUAGGGUAUAGGUACUGUAGAUCUGCAUGGAGUACAGUACUGUACAGUACAGUACAGUACAGUACAGUGCAUUACAUUACAUUACAAAUACAAUACGAUACGAUGAGAUAACAUACGAUACAAUACAAUAGGAUAGGAUAGGAUACCAUAUCAUACCUUUUUUAUUUGUGCAUGCUUAGUGAUAUUUUUUAUUGCCUCCAAUCUGAUUGACUGCAGGAGCGGGCAGCUUUUUACGAUAUCUUGACCGUGGUCCAAAAGAGUUAUUUUUGUAGCGACAAACCGACGAGUGAAGACAAUUUUUCAAACUCAAAACACUACUCAAAUUAACUAAGUCGAUACUAAUUAUAGUAACAUACAGUACAGUGAAUUGACUUCAAUAGACCAAAAUGCGAAAAAACCCCGAAUAUAAACAGCGAAAAAACACUGGCCAGUGCUACAUGUUUUGAUUCAAAUGCUCCACAUAUUACUCAGCUGUUCCUCGAAAAAUAUACAAAUAAAUAUAAAUACUACAACAUACAACUUGCCCUUAAACGUAAAAAUUUAAAAACAAUACCUUAAUAUAAACGGCAGCUUAAGCACGAUCCCUGGGCUUAAUUAGCUCAAAAUUGAUUUUAUAAAUGUUCUAUAAAUGAACAUUGUUUUCGGCAACUAAAAUUUGUAGUUGUCUGUCAAAAAGCAUUUUUCAAGCAUGUCCAUGCUGUAAAACGAUCCAGAAAAUAAAUAAUUUUACUUAGUUUACUAGUCAGGCAGUUAGAGGAUCAAAAUUAUGGAAAACUUACGAUAUCGUGGGACAAUUCCAUUUUGCCUUCAUAUUGAGCCCUGAAGGCUAGUAAGUACGUUUCUGUAUGUUGGCGGCGUCAAAAUUUCUUGUGGGCUCCUGCCGACACGUUUUUCUUCGAAUUUUGUAUUAACCUCUAUUACAGUUAAAAAAUGUGAAAUUUCUGAUACAUUUCUAAUACAAAUGACUUGUAUCAACAGACAGCUAACAAGAAACUACAUAUAAAACAUUUAAAUGGUUAGUUGGGAUUUUCAAGCGAUUUUCGAGUUAUUGCUGUUUCAAAUGUGAAAAAUAAGCCAAAAUCUCGCAAAAAAUCCUGGGUACUAGUCUGAAAAUACGCUUUCAACAGCUCAUAACUCAAGAAGAACUUGAAAAACCCUGGUAACCGUUUAAAUGUCUUGUAUGUAGUUUUUUGCAAGCUUUCAAAUGAUGUAAUUUGUGUUAGAAAUGUAUUUAAAGUUUCACAUUUUUUUACUGUGAUAGAGUUUAAUACAAAAUUCGAAGAAAAAAGUGUCGGCAGGAGCCCACAAGAAAUUUUGACGCCGCACAAUAUGAAGGGAAAAUGAAAUUGUCCCUUGAAUUGAAGUUUUUUCCUUCUAUCAGCAGGCCUUAAAAUAUCGGUCGGUCACGGACAUUGUCCGACCCAUUCGUGAAAUUGUCCGACGUAGAGAGGAAACCACCGGACAUUCUGUCCGACCAAAGUGAAGCUGAGGUUUAUUGUUUGUCCGACCCGAGUGUAUUGGUGUCCGACCGAACUGUAGCUUUGUCCGCCGUAAAUCAAAAUGUACCCUAGCCCAGGGCUAGAGGCUUGUAUGUUAAAUAUGGAAAAUCAGAGUACUAUUGUGUAAAGGUGAACUGGAAAUGUUGUUUUAACGUAGUCGAGCGCGGGGCGGCGAGCGAAAUGGUGAAGUGGAAAACGGGCUUAAGUUGUCGAAGUCUUUUUUAAUACUGCUGUUCUGGCAAGCAAGUUAAUUUUGGCUUGGAAAUAAGUAUGAAAGAAACAAAGUAUUUAAUAUCUUUACAACAUUUACCGUUUAUUCAUUUGUGUCGGCACUCAGACUUAUUUCCGAGUCAAAACUGAACUGAAGGUCAUCGGACAUAUGUCCGACCCAAACUCAACGUCACCGGACAUUUUGUCAGACGGUCCUGUAAAAGAUAUUUUAAGGCCUGUCUAUCUGCCCGACUAUACCUUAUGUUGUCUUGUUGAGACAGUUGAGUAGAAAAGCAUCUAUUGCAAUGAAACUAAAAGCUUUUUUCAGCUUUUAUCGCGUAGUUUUAGCAGUUUGUCAGCCAUACUUGCACAGUUGCACUAUAAAGUAACAGACCCAACUGAUCUCAAAUGUACUUCGCAACUGGAAUUUUAUCUGAAUUUCAUUAUAACCAUGAACCAUCAAACAAAAAAAUAAACACGUUAUUUACCGUUUAGGUCGGUCCGUUUUAAAAAAAUAUUUUCCCUUGGCCUCAGAAGCGUCACUCGGCCUUCGGCCUCGGCCUAACCUGCGAUCAGGCCUAUAAAUAAAUAAAUAGGCCUGAUACAAACCUUAACAAAAGUCCAUGUUUUUACAACCGUAUUUCGGUUGUAAAUCUGAUUGGUUUAUGAGACAAAUGAUUUUUUAAUCUGUCAUUUGAUUGGUUGGUGCUAAUUAGAUUAUAUUAUUGUCGUUGAUAUAUUUAUAGUGAUCACAACUAUAAUUAGAUUGUUGUUGCCGUUGUGUGAAAUUUAAAUUUCUCCUGCGACAUUUUGAUUGGAUACUAAAUAUAAACUUUGCUGUGGGUGGAAAGCGAUCGCAUUAAGGAUUGUGUCAGGCUAUUAUUUGUACAAUAGAGCCUGAUCUCAGGUUAGCCUCGACCCGCUUCUGAGACCGCGGAAAAUUUUUUUUUCGGCACGGACCUCGCAGCCGGUAAAUAACAUGUAUAUACCAUAUACUGUACAUGAAUGUACCACACAAUACCAUAUCAAUACCAUAAUGUAAUACAAUAUUUAACAAUUAUUCGCCGAAGGCGAGGUGAUUAUCGUUGAGGUGAAUCAGUAAUUGUUUUAGUAUAAUUUCAUAGGUGAUUAUUUGGGGAAAAAACAGAAAUACACAUUUCUUCGUCAUUUAAUUGACAAAAUCGAAAUUAAUAUUAUAAUCACGUGUUAUAAUCACCUCAGCGGCAACCAAUCAGCGUGGAGAAUUGUCAAUAAUCACCUAUGUAAUUGUACUAAAAUGCGAUGUUGUACGAUACCAAACGACACAGUACGGUGCAAUGCGAUACCAUACCAUACGAUUUAUUUAAAUACGGGAGCAUGGGAAAAAUUGCUCAGUUUUAUAGACUCGUGUUAACAAUACUCGACUAUCUAGUGCCCUGCAUGUAUGUGCGAAAUAUAAAACAAGAAAAUUGUAUUUACACAUUUAAGACUAAUGAGAAAAAUAUUAAAAAUUAAAUACUGCGCAUCUCGCACCCUUGCAACCGAAAUGUAGACAACCGGAGUAAAAAUCUAUUUUGGAAACUAGAGUAGGAAACUCUAGGAGUUUCGCAAGUUAAGAAGUCAAGGAGUGAGAAUGUUUAGUAUCAAUAAGCAGUUCAGUCCAGAAAUGAAAAGUGCUGUAAGAAUAGGAGUUGUGUAAAUAUAAAGUAUUUAUAAGCGAACUUGCUCAAAUUAAAUUCAGACCACUAUUUCUAAGAUUAUAACGCAAAGUUCUUGAUUUAAGAAAGUUUUGAACAUAUUGAGCUCCAUGGAGUUGUGUAUUUUAAAUGUCAUAAUAAGUGAAUGUUCAAACUGUCUCUGUUACAAGCUGUGUAAGCAAUGACGCCAUAUUCAAAACCAGUGGCGGACACUAGGGUGGGGGGGGGGGCAAUAAUUUUGAAAGACUGUAAAAAUCUUGUACCAAAUAACACAAAUCACACUCAUAUAACGUAAUUGUCAUCAUAAUAUAAUAAUAUAUGUUUCUGUUCUGUACAUGUCACAACAUACGCAUUUUAUACACUCUUUUGACGGAUACUUGGGGGUCAACUUUUUGCAACAGGCACUUCUUUAAAUGUCAUUGUCGAGUUUUUGUUGUUUGAAGCUUAUACUAUAAUAAUUGUUUAGCUGCGAAAUUUCCUGCUGCACAAUAAUAUUUUAAUGCGUAUUAAACUCUCAAAAACAAUGGAUAAUUCAAUUAACAUUCCAAUUUUAUGUUAACAAAAUCAAAAGCGUGCGCAAUUUUUUGUAGUCACAGUGCAAUUUUCUGUAAUCACAGUGCAAAAAUCUGUAACAAACUGAUCUGAUUGGUGGAAAAACAUUGUGAUGAUUAAAUCAACCAAUCAGUUUAAAGCAAUUUAGUUUAAAGAAGUAACGGUCACAGAUUGCUUCAAAACAAAGCAAACAUGGCGCCGCGCUACACAAAGUAAAAGUUGUCUUCGCGUGGAAAAUAUGGCUUUUAUCUUUAUUUUUAAAUGGAAAAGCAUUUACCUUAAACAAGACUAACAAAAAUUACAUAGUUGAGUGGAAUUUUCAAGCUGUUAGCGUUGUAUAAUGUGAUAUAACAAAGCCAGGAAAACUUUGCCAGUGGAAUGUUCGCUAUAAACGCGUAAGUUAAAACUACAAUUGUCUCGAACAUUUUUAUGUAAAUUAUUAAUAAGUAAUAGCAUGGUUUCUCGUGAAAUUUGGGUAAACAUGCACUCGUGAGUUUUUCAAAGACCUCAAAUAGCACUCGUCCUUCGGACUCGUGUUAUUUUGAGGUCUUUGAAAAGCUCACUCGUGCAUGUUAUAUCCAAAUUGCACUCGAAACCAUGCUAUUACAGUACCUAUACUUAGCAUGUGAUUUAUAACAAAACGCACCAUUAAAACAGUGUUUUGAAACCCUAGUUUUUUACAAAAUGUGCUCUCAGAAUGCUGCAAAUGCUAUUCCCCGCAUUUAAAUUUUAAAACGAGCCCCCCCCCCCCCAACAUUUCGUAAAGUGUCCGCCACUGUUCAAAACUGUUUCCUAGUCUAACCACAGGAUAUUUUUAUCAUGCAUGCUUUAUUUGUAUGUCGUGUUAAAUGACAAAUGGAGUUCCUGAAAAUUCUGGGUUCUAUUUUCAGUUGUAAAGAUGCAUGUAAAGAUCCAUCAUGUUCGCAACCAUUUGGUAUCAAAGCUGGAGGAACUGAGCCUAUUACCAUACCUUACACUUACCAAGUGCUGUUCACGGUGAGUUCAUCAUGACUACUCAAGCACAAAUAAUUGUCAUUUAUAAACCUGAAGCGAGUGGAAUUCGGCGAAAUAUUACCCGAAGUGAUGAUAUUUAUUUUUGGAUUAACGCAAGUAUCGUCGCUUUUCUUUCGAAUCACAUAUUGUUUGGAAUAUUGAUGACAUCAUUUUUCGAAAUUUAAUUGCUUCAAAUUUUCAAAAAAAAACGAGGUUUUUUAAGUAGUUAAAAAAAAUUAAUAAUUAGCCUUUCUCACGCCGCCAUUUUUGGGUGGCAAUUCAGCCGAAGAGUGCGAGAUAAGUCCACAUAACAGCGACUAUUUAUAAUUUUUUGGACGAAUGAUGGUAAAUUUGCUUUGUAAAUGGUUAGUUUAUUUUGAAAAAUUACUUUUCACAUUGUUUUAAUUGCCUGCAUUGGUUAACGAGAAUUAGAAGCCACCCAAAAAUGGCGGGUAUUCGUCAUCGUGAGAAAGCCUAAUUCAUCCUUAGUGUAUUUUGUCGGUCAUCUUGUUUGCGUGAUCGCCGCGCGUGGUUUACGCGAACAUGUCACCCGGGUGACAUCAUGGAGAAUAUAGAUAACACCAGAGGAGGCAUCGAGGUUAAAAUUAGUGAACGCGGCUAAUGGGUGGGGGGGGGGAGGGGCAAAUUUAGGUCCCGGAUAUAAAAUCAUGCUCUCAUUGGCUAAAUUGAAACUCCUCACCAAUGCGAACAUGAGUACACAUCCGGGACUUGAAAUUUGCCCCCCAAUAGCCUUCCUUUUUUUUGCUUGAUGCCAGAAUUGCGAUGCCCCUUCUAGUGUUAUUUAUAAUCUCUAUGGAUGACAUGAUCAAAUACGAUGACGGAAGGGGCGAUUCGAUGAUAAAUUUCAUGCUCACGUGACACUUUCCGAUUGGACACUUUGAAUUUGAGGUAUAAUAAUAUUACAUGUUAUUAUAUUAUAUGCACCGUAUUUACUCGUUUAAGCGCCGACCCCGAUUAAACGCCGCAUAUGAGAGCAAAAUUAUUGUCUGAAAAAUUGUUCGUCACGCCCAACCACCGAAGGAAAACACCCUGGAUACAAGGUUGGCGCUUAAACGAGUUACGUGAAACGGAAAACUACGCGUUUGGAAGCCCGAUGGCAUUAAGCUAACAGCGCGUCAUGAGUUACUUAUACAAAUAUAUUAUUAAUGAUCUUUUGUUCUUCUAUAUAGUAAUUUUUUUUUUAUAUCUAGUCAAACACCUCAAUCAAGUGGGCAUCCCGUUGGGAUUACAUUUUGGAAUCCAUACCGCAUACAAGUAUCCAAUGGUUCAGGUUCGUAUGCCAUUGCAUGUUCACAAGCCCUGAGAACAAUUAUACCGUAUCGUGGAUAUUGGACAUGACUCAUACGAGCUGCAUGCAGUAUUUUCAUUUCAAAUACGUCUAGUGUUGUGGCAAUGUGUGUCCACCAAAAAUGGGGCUAAUCACAUUAUAGCAGAGUUCAGGAUUUCUAUUUGAUUGAUGUUUUUUUGGCAAUAUGCACCGUGGAGGACACGUUUAUUUUUUGUUUGAAAUAAUUCUUGAUUUCUGAUUGCCUUAAGGUACGUUUACACGCUGCGAUUUGUCGGGCCGAUUUUGAAAAAAAAUCGAUGUCCCUUCUUCGACAUUUAGCGAUUUAAACGUUCAAUUGAAGCUGUCCGCUCUCUCGUCUGUUCAUAUUAUAGUUUUCUGCGUGCGAAAAGUUUUCAACAACUUUACAACGGAAGAAAAAUCGUUGAAUCGUGAGAAAAUCUGUGGUUUUGUUACAGAUUUUUCUCCCGAUUUUGUGAAUCGCAAUGUGCUGACGCGAGUACUCACGACAGGUUGUUUACAUACAGCGAGCAAAAUCGGCCCGACAAAUCGCAGCGUGUAAACGUACCUUAACACCCAACGUUGAAGAUACCAUUUUAACUGAUUGGUUGACCAAAUUUGGAGUUGUGAGCUGUGAUGUCAAUACGAGUAAAAAUUACUGCACGAUUGACGUCAACUGGUGCAAUAUGACGUCAUUCCAUUAAUGCAAUGUUUCAUUGUGAAUAAAAACAUAAUGACUUCCAGGGCUUUCAAGAUAACCCGGCGGCCGCCGGAGUUCCGGCGGGUGGCACGAGGUUUACCGCCGGUUACUUUGUUUGCUACUUGAAACAUCAAUUCUGCUCUCUUUCCUCCAUUCUAAGCUUUCAAACAAAGUUCUUUUUCCUCAAAAUAGUCUAUACUUUAUAGCCUGGUUAUUUUCGAAAACGACGUACUAUUUCGUAAAAUUGAUUUAGUUAUUUGCCAUCUUAUUGUCGAUUUCGUGUCACUUUUCAACGCGCGGUUCCCAAGUUCGUUGGCAACUUGCCAAUUACGUUUCCAAGUUCAAAUAUUGGGCGUGAACUUCGCAACAAAGAUCGCAAGUACGUUUCAAUGUUUGAACUAUUGUAAACAAAUAUUCAUAGUUCAAGAUGAAAUAACCAAUUCAAUGAAAUACAAACCUUCUUGGUAGCCCACUCGACCAAGAACUUUCCUUUGAAUUGUUAAUUAUUAUUGAGUAUGAACAUUUGUUUACAAACGAAGUUCUAACAUUGAAAUGAAAUUUCGCGCCCAAUUUCCGAACUUGGAAACGUAAUUGGCAAGUUCGCAACAAACUUGGGAACCGCGCGUUGAAAAGUGACUUGAAAUCGACAAUAAAUUUAGUUGAAGAAUGAAAGUAGUGAUACAUCAUAAUUUGUGUUGUGUUGCUAUCUAAUCAAUGUACCUAAUUAAUUUGGACCUAACUAGACCGUCCCCGCCCUACAGCCGCCUACUUUAUCAAAACAGACACCUACUCUGAAUAAUUCUGAAAGCCCUGGACUUCUCAUUUGGCCGCUUGCAGACUUUGGGAAAGCAAAAUUUAAAAAAAAAUCUUGAAAUUUCCAAGAAAUAACAAUUUAGUAUUAUAUGUUGUAAUACAUGUAUUCUUAUUUCUAGCAUUAUGAAUUCUCUUGUGAUCGUUCUCUUCCUAUCUGGCAUGGUGGCAAUGAUUAUGUUGAGAACCUUACACAAAGAUAUUGCUCGAUAUAACCAACUGGACACCUCCGUAAGUUGCACAUAUAGAUUUGGGUAAAUUUGUGUACAUGUUUCUCAAAUAAGAUUGUACUUUCACUCAAAAUUGCGAAACCCUAUAUUUUUUGCUCACAUCUGUUACCAAUUCACCCAUUCACAAUCUCCUUCCAAGUUGUAUUAAAGGUACUGUAGCAGUUAUAUAAUAUAAUAUAAUUAAAUUUAAUUAUAAAACAAGAUGGGCAAUAGCAGGAAGCGGUUAAAAUUUAUCGGUCAAAAAUAUAAUCCCAAACAUUAAGAAUUUACGGGGAAUAAUAAAAGGUCUCUGUAGAUAUUCUCAACUUUCUUUCAUGAAUUUGGUCAAACAUAAUUUUUGUUGCCACUUGCCUUUAGAAACGCAUCAUUUGCAGUCCUUGAAACUCAGGUCCGCAUUCGGCAGUGCCGAUCUAAUUGCGGAACUGCAAAGCGAUACUAUAGAUUUUGGUUGGCAAAACCUUUUGGUAGGCAAAACGCACUUUUCAUAUACACGUUUUGUAGGACAACUAUAUACUACAAUUUUCAGUUGAGCGUGAUUGUGGUAUAGUUGUGUCGCAUUAUGUUUCGACGACAGUAUUUUAGGGUUUUGUUCGCCAGUGAUAGAUAUAAAAUCAAUUUUUGACUUGCAUGUUGUCUAUUUUUUCGAAAAUGUUUGGCGACGUAGCUAGAUUAAGAACGAUCGUUUUCAGGUCGGCAAUUGCUGGCCGACUUGAAAUUUCAGGUGUUUCAAGGGCUGCAUUUGUUAUUAUUGUUUUCCAACAUCUCAGGACGAUGCGCAAGAAGAGUUUGGUUGGAAACUUGUUCAUGGUGAUGUUUUCCGUCCUCCUGGCAAAGGCAUGCUACUCUCUGUCAUGUUGGGUACUGGUACUCAGGUUGUCACUAUGACUUCAAUAACACUUGGUAAGAUAUGUUUAAACCUUCAAUGUAUAGAAAGCACAAUUUCUUUUGCUAAAAUUAAAGAGAUUGAUUGCGUAUCUAAUAUGUGUCAGCCUAGAACUCAUAAUAUAUAAUAAUACGUUUCAUCGUUUCUAACUUUCUUCCUUGAUCAUUACAUAGUGUUUGCUUGUCUUGGAUUCCUGUCACCAGCAAAUCGUGGAGCACUAAUGACUACUGUUUUGGUA